GCUGUCUAGCUAAUAUAGACAAAAUAAAUAUUACUCUGAUAUGGACAGAAAAAUGCUCACUUAAUGAGAAUCAAUUUGAGUUUGGACAAAAUUUGUUUGAUUACUCCAAAUCUGCCAAUGUUACAACAUGGCAUCAGGUGGUACUUCAUGGCAGUAUUAUAACAAUUCAUCAUCAAAAUAUCCACACAUGCCACCACCGAAUUCACAAGCUGCCUUUGGGGCGGCGGGAGGAGAUAUGCAAGACAUGCAUUUGAAGAUGUCAAAAAAGAUUGCACAGCUUACCAAGGUGAUAUAUGCAUUGAAUACAAAAAAUGAUGAACAUGAAUCUGCACUGCUUGCAAUGAAAGAAGCACAUGAAGAAGAAACUCAACAAUUACUUUCUGAAACAGCUGCUAAAAUUCAACAUUAUAGACUAAAGAUCGGGAAUGAAUUAGACUUACGAAAAAAAAUACAUAAUCUGGAAGAAAUCAUCAAUGCAUCUGAAAAAGAAAAACGCCAAGCUAUGAUUGAGUUUGAAUCUUUCAAGAGACUUGUGGAAGAGAGAGAAAUGAGAAUUGAAUCCGAUCAUACGUUAAAGGUAAUGGGCCUCACAAAAGAUCUUGGCGACUGUAAAUCAGAAUUUGAACAACGAUUACGAGACUUUCAUGAUUUAAAGACAACCCUACGAAAUGAGGGUGGUCAUGAGAUGGAAAAAAUGAGCAAUGAACAUCGAAAGGAACUUGAAAGACUUCAUGCAAUCAUAGAUUCUAAGGAUACUAAAUUCAAUAAUGAAAAACGGGAUUUAAUAGAUUCACAUACAAAACAGAUUCAUGCAUUGGAACGGGAGAAUACUAAUUUGAAACAGGAAUUUAAAAAAUCAGAAGAUGAAUACGAAAGUAAAAUGAAUAAAGCAAAAGCAUUUUAUGAGAGAGAACUUGCUGCUUUGAGGUCUCAAGCAUCAGCAACAGAUGAGGAGGCAAUUAAAAGGUGGCAGGAACGUGAAUCUGAAAUUCGUCAAGAGGCUUCAAAGUUGGAAUAUAGUCUCAAGAAAAAAUUAGCUGGACUUCAAGAUGAAUUACAGAUGCAAACUCAUGAAACAGAAGACCUCAGGAAAAAAUUAGAAGAUGCAACAACGCAGAUCACCAAUAUCACUGAUCAAAACUCAGAUCUACAAACUGGUAUCACAAGAGUGCAAAAGGAAUAUUCAAAUUCAUGUGAUAAAGUCCAAUAUCUACUAGAAGAAUUAAACACAUUGCAAUCGAGAUUACAAAAUCAAGAAGCUGAUAUUUUAAAGAAAUCAAGUCAGAUUGGAACAUUAGAAGCUUCAAAAUUAACUCAAGAAGCAAAUAUUCAAGGUUUAGAAAAAGAAAUUAAAAUAUUGAAAUCUCAAAUUGAUUCACUCUCAUCUGAAAAAGAUUCAUUACAGAGUAAUACUUCAGAAAAGUCACAACAACUCAUGGAACAAUUACAAGUCAUGGGAAAGCGACUUGAAAGUGUCAUGGAAGAAAAAUCAAAUCUUCAAAAACAAUUUACAAAAAAUCUGGAACAAUUGAAACAAUCUCACAGUAACGAAAUGAAACAACUAACUGAACAAUAUGAUAAUGAAAGACAAGCAACUGAACGUAACAAUCAAUCACUCAUAGAAUCAUUGAAAACUGAGGCUCAAAAUUCAAUGGAUGCAAUGCUUCGAGAUAUGCAAGACAGAUUACGAAAAGAAACAACCCAACUUAAUGAAGAGAAAAACGAAGCCGUCAGUAAAGUUGAAUCUGAAAAGAAGGAGUUGUAUGGAAAAUUACAAACAACACAAAAUGAGUUGUCAAGAUUGGAGUCCCUAGUUCGUCAACAUGAAGAUGGACUUGGUGAUGCAAGUUCUCAUAUUAAAAAUUUAAAUUCAAGAAUAUCAGAAUUGCAAAGAGAGGUCGAAAUGUCUGAUGGAAGAUUACGAACAUCAGAAACAAGCAUGGCUGCUUUGAGGAAGGAACUUGAAUCCAAUAAGAUAUCAUUCGAACAAGAUAUGCAUUCGACUGAAAGGAAACAUCAAAAUGAAAUUGAAAGAUUCACAACACAAUUGAAUUCAAAAUGGCAAGAACAAAUGAGAUCUGAGUUGGGAGAUCUGCAGACACGUUUAAUCAAUCAACAUACACAAGAUAAACGAUCAUCACUAGAACAACUACAAUCACAAAAGGAACGGGAAAUCAAAGCCGCAAAGUUAGGUUGGCAAGAACAAAUUAAACACCUUACAACUAUGAUAUCAGAACUGAAAAGUGCAAUGGAGGAAUUACAAAAAGAUUCAGACAGAGCAUUAGCUGAAGAAAAAUCAAAAUUUGUACAAAAUGAAAGAGAAUUACGACAAGCUGCAAAUGAUGCUGCAACAGAAUAUUCAUCAAAGAUCGCAAACAUGGAAAAUGCUCACAGAUCGGAGAUGACAACUCUUGAACACAAGAAAGAAGAAGAAUUACGAUCGUUGGAAGGAAGAUUAUUAUCUCAAUAUAGGGAAGAACAACAAACACAAAUGCAAGCUCAUAGAUUAACUAUUGAAUCAAUAAAAGAAAAAUUAAAUCGAGAACAUGAAGAAGAAUUAAUAAGGAAAGAGCAAGAAGGAUUACAAGAUUUAGAGGAAAUGCGAUCUGAACUAACACAUCAACAUGCAUAUGCCAUGGAUGAUGCAAUGAGACAAUUUGAACAAAAGUUAAUGUCUGUGAGAGGGGAAUUAGAAAGAGCGCUGGAUGCAACAAGAAGACAAGAAUCUGAUUAUUCUAGAAAGAUCAGUGGAUUGGAAGAUGAUCUGAGUCAAAAAACAUCUCUUUUAAAUGACUUGCAACAAAGAGCAGAAAAACAAGGGGACGAAAUAAUAAGUCUAAAUAAAGAAGUUGAUUGUAAAGGUCAAGAAAUUCUUCGAAUACGAAGCGAAGCUAAUAUUGAACUUCGACGACGAGAAGAUGAUUUGUCAAGAAAGUUCCAACGAGAGCAAGACAAAAUGGAAGCCGAAAGUCUCAGACAGAAGCAAGCUUUAGUUGGGGAAUUCAACAGGGCGACAGAAAGCUUGAAAGACAAAAUAUCAUCUUUAAAUAUUGCAUUACAAGAAGCAGAAGAUAGAUUUUCUAGACGAGAAAGCCGACCUGAAGAUUUACGAACAAUAAAAGAAUUGAAACAACUUGUUCAUGAUAAAGAAGUUCAGAUGCAAAAAUUAAUUGAUGAUAAGAAAUAUUAUCAACUUGAACUUGUAAACAGAGAAACAAACUUUAAUAAAGUGUUCAGUACCUCACCUAAUGUCGGUGUUCUUAAUCCUUUAAACGUGCAACAAAAGAAAAAGGGAGAUAAACCUCCACCUGUUCCGAGUCGAUUUUCAUCACAAUAUGUUAGUGUUCCGAAUUUAAGUUCCAUCGAAUCAGCGUUAUCACCUCCGAAUAGACUUGGCCCGCUUCAAAACGGUUCUACGUCACCCAGUGCGAGUUCAACGAGCAGCACUUUUUCAAAAAACAUGCGGCCGACACCUCCUACACAACCAAAGAAGUUUAUUAGGUCGAGACAGGAGCAACUACCUCAGUCACAAAAAGUACCCUCUGCCGAGAAAAAGACAAGUCCAUUGGAAAUAGACGACGACUUUUUCCCUCCCAGUAAAACUUUAUCACAGUACAGACCCGAUGAUUUCGAAGGCAGUUUGCAAGAAUUUGACAAAGAAUGUGAAUUGAUCGAAACACGUUCUAGUCUUAGUAGUAGUUGUCAAAGCCUGAACAGUCUUGAAGAAUUCAAGUCGCCCGUAAGAAAAGCAACCCUGCAACGAUCUAAUACUUUACCGUUGAACACUUCACGAAACAUUCCUUAUCGACCAGCGAGCUGCAACGACGGGAGGUUGGACGACGAUGACUUAUUCCCCAACUUGGAUGACAUCAUAGAAAACGUCUGGAACAGGAAAGACGCCGUUACACGACUUCGAUCAAGUUUCUCUGCUUCUCUUCCUAGUCACUAUUCAAGAACUGCGUCUAAAAUACCUUCCUAUGCAACCUCUGUCAACUUCAAACUGUCAUAACUUUACAUGAGGAAAAUGUAUUCGAGAUAUAAAUUAUUGUUUGUUGAUUCCCUGCUUGUUUUGUAUAAAUAAUAAAAUGAAUGAUAUAUCAUUACGCAAAAACAUGAAAUUUUAUUGAAUUUAUUGACAUUAUUAAAUUUUACAAAAUAUAUACGUUUCCCUC